AUGGCGCGCUCGCCGGCAAAGCAACUCGACGACGAGGACACGCCGUCCAAACGCACGCGGCGGGCGGGCGGCUCGUCACCAGCCAAGGCGGCCACGACGCCGAGCAAGCGCACGCCAAAGGCCGCAGCGGCCUCGGCAGCAGCAGCAGCGGCGACAACCCCGCCCAGCGCGCGCAAGUCGGCCAAGCGCGUCGCUGAGAGCCUGGCAGCCGCGUCGAGCAGCAAGCGCACAAAGGUGUCGCCUACAAACGGGACGCACGACGCCCUUCCCUCGUUCGACGACGACGUAUUCGGCUCGUCGCCCUCCAUCUCGCGCGAGGCGUUCCUCGCCAACGAGCGCCUGCGGCGGCAGCGCGAGGCGCGUAACUUUACUUUCGAGGGCGACGCGAGCGCGCCCAAGCUGACGCGGAGUGGGCGGGUGAUCGGCAAGGCGGUGGACGAGUAUGGUGGUGAUGAGGGAGAGGACGACAAUGAGGCGGACGACAAGGACACGAAUGGCGACGCUGGCGCAGUUGCCGGCGACGACAUCGACGACGACAACGACUCGCUGCGUGCCCGCCGCGACGAUGUGCCCCUGGAGUCGGCGCGCCCGAGCAUGGAACCGCUCAAGCCCGAGGCGCGCCCACACGUCCUGCGUAUCCUCUCGACGCUGACCUCGCGCGCCGUCGAGCCCUUCGUGGACGAGGAGACGAACGAGGCGCUGCAGGGCCUGGUGGGGCUGCUCAGCGGUACCGUGGAGCGGGGCGAGGGCAACAGCGCGCUGGUUACCGGUCCGCGAGGCGUGGGCAAGACCAAGACUGUCGAGCGCGCGCUCGCCCUCCUCCCGUCGACUUCAUCACCGCCCAUCGUCGUGCGGCUGUCAGGCCUCGCACAAAGCGACGACCGCAAAGCCAUUCGCGAGAUGGGGCGGCAGAUCGCCGAGGCGUCCGGGCAGGCUGCCACGCCAGAUGACGAGGACGACGAGGAGGAGGUCGGCGGCGAGUACGCACCCACCACGCUGCCCAGCCACCUACUCGCGCUGCUCACUGCGCCGUCCCCGCGCGCGAUCAUCGUCAUCGUCGACGAGUUCGACCUGUUCACAGAGCAUGCGCGACAGGCACUGCUUUAUUGUCUUCUAGACGUGGUGCAGAGCGUGCAGACUGGACCUGUGGAGACGACAGGCCGAGGGAUAGCAGUCAUCGGAGUGACAUGCCGAGUUGACACCCUCCUGCUGCUCGAGAAACGCGUCAAGUCGCGCUUCUCCCACCGCGUGUGGCGCGUGUCGUCCCCCCUCGCGCCGGACAACCUUGGCUGGCGCACACUCCUCCGCUACGCCCUUGUGCCAUGGGAGAAGCGCGGCGACGACGAGGCCGACAAGGAGACGAGAAAGUGGAUGGGCGACUGGGCCUUCGCCGUCGACAUGUUGCUCGACAACGACAAGGUCUCUGUCGCGCUCGAGCGGUUGGCAGGCCUGACUACCGACGUGCGAGUCCUGUACCGCCCCUUCAUUGGCCCGAUCACCUCGGUACUAAGCAGCCAGCUCGACUUUCUCUCCGUCCCCGUGCUGUGCUUCUCGGUGCUGCACCAGACCGAGCUUGCGGGCUGGGGCCUGUCGCAUGCCAAGCUCAAGGGCCUCCCGCACCCGGCCCUCGGCGUGCUCAUCAUCGCAAAACACCUCGCGCUGGCCGGCCGGCCAGAGUUCAGCCUCGCGCAGGUCGAGGACGAGUACCUCAAGUUUGCGCGAACCAGGCUUGUGGGGAGCGGCCGCGCCCGCUGGCCCCUCGAGCUGCUGUACCGCGGCUUUGACCACUGCCGCGCGCUCGGCCUGCUCGCUGCUGCUGGGCCCGCGUCCGCAGGCCGCCGCUUCGCCAAGGUCCGCUCGGUGCUCAGCCCCAACGAGGUGGUGCAGUACUUCCGCGGCGACGGCGGCGCGGGGAUGGGGCCCGAGCUGCAGAGCUGGGGCAAGCUGAUGGACGGGCACGCGUAG